CUCCAAAGCUCUGCAUGGUUCUCUUGGCUACAAAUAGACCCUUUUGUGGGUUCUCACUCAUGAGCAUAGUCCCAUUCAUAGUUCUAGCCAAGUUGUAAUAAUCAUGAUCAUGGCCUCAUUUGGCUAUCCAGAAAUCUUGUUUGCUCUUCUGUGCUGCUUUCUUGUUUGGUGUUUCAGUAACAUCAAUGGGAUGCCAUGGAACUGGCCCUUGGUUGGGAUGCUCCCAAGCGUGUUUUGGCACGUUAACCAGAUCCACGACCGGUGUGUAAAUAUUUUCGAGCAGGUUGGGGGGACUUUUCUGUUGAAGGGCCCUUGGUUUGCUAAUAUGGAUAUAAUUGCCACGGCUGAUCCAGCUAAUGUGCAUUUUAUCAUGAGCGCGAAUUUUGCGAAUUUCCCUAAGGGAGCGGAGUUCAAGAAGAUUUUCGACGUUUUGGGUGAUGGAAUCUUCAACUCUGACGCUGACCUUUGGAGGAGCCAGAGGAAGCAGGCGCGAGCCUUGAUCACUCACGAGCGUUUCCGCAAGUUUUUAAUCAAGACUAGCUGGGAGAAAGUGGAGAAGGGCUUGAUUCCAGUUCUAGAACAUGUGUCGGAGCAAGGGAUGGUGAUUGAUUUACAAGAUUUGUUUCAAAGGCUCACGUUUGAUACUACUUGCAUCUUGGUCACAGGGUUUGAUCCCGGGUGCCUCUCGACUGAAUUCCCUGACGUUCCCUUCUCCAAGGCCAUGGAUGAGGCAGAGGAAGCUAUAUUAAUGCGCCAUUGCUUGCCGGAAAGCCUUUGGAGGUUGGGGAAACUGCUUGGAAUUGGGCCAGAAAAGAAAUUAAGUCGAGCUUGGACCGUGCUGGACGAUGUCAUAGGCAAGUAUGUCUCAAUGAAACGUGAAGAAAUGAGCAAAUCCAACAAAUGCAAUGAAGAUGACGAUGAAGGUUUGGACUUGUUAACCUCGUAUAUCAAUGGAGACGAGUCCACAGGUCUAGAAUGCAAUGACAAGUUCCUACGGGACACUAUACUGAACUUCAUGAUUGCUGGACGUGACACUACUAGUUCAGCUCUAACAUGGUUUCUGUGGCUUGUCUCCACACAUCCAGAAGUCGAAAGGAAGAUAAGGGACGAGCUAAAUUCCGUUGUCCCAGCCAAGGAUUCUAACAAAUGGAGGAUGUUCCAAGUGGACGAGCUACGUAACCUAGUGUACCUACAUGGUGCAUUGUGCGAAGCACUAAGGCUCUAUCCACCGGUGCCGUUCCAACACAAGGCCCCCAUUCAGCCGGUGAUGCUUCCAAGUGGUCAUUACGUGCAUCCGAAGAUGAAGAUCUUGUUUUCCCUCUAUGCGAUGGGGAGGAUGGAUUACAUUUGGGGCAAGGAUUCCAAAGAAUUCAAGCCGGAGAGAUGGAUAACCGACCGUGGAACGAUAAAAUACGAGCCGUCGUACAAGUUCUUGGCUUUCAAUGCAGGGCCCGCUGCAGCUAUAAUCCAUAAUUACCAAGUUGAGGUGGUGAAGGGGCACAUUGUGACCCCUAAUGUUUCUGUCAUUCUCUACAUGAAACAUGGCUUGAAGGUUAGGAUUAGCAAGAGAUGGACUUGAAAUUACUAUUAUUAUUAAUUAUUAAUUACUGUGUGAUUGCUU